UAUGUGCUAUUGACCAUCAAUAGUAAAGCAGAACAUUUCCAUCGUCGUUUAAGUAUCCGUCAAACAUGGGGAAAUAGCAGCUAUUUUACAUUAAGAAGCCCCAAGAAAGGCAAUGCAUGGCGUACAGUGUUUGUUGUUAGCCUGUCAUUAAAUGCUACUAUUAGGAAAUUAGUCGAAAAAGAAGCCAAGCUCUAUGGUGACAUAGUCUUGACUGAUAUCGUCGAGCAUGUUAAAAAUUUAACUCGUAAAACAUUAUUCGGUAUGACUUGGGCUGCUAAGUAUUGUAAACCAGUAUUUAUCUAUAAAGGUGAUGAUGAUGUCUUCGUUAAUGCUCCAAAACUCUACCACUAUUUAGCUAGUAUGGGUAAUAAAGCGCAAAAAUUUUUUGUUGGUCGACUAGCUGAACGUACUGCCUUGAAGCCAUGUCGUCUUAAAACACAUAAAUAUUAUGUGUCCUAUGACGAUUAUAAAGGUGAAACCUUUCCGCCAUUUGUUUCUGGCUUUGCUUAUGUACUCUCCUUCGAUGUCUUGUCGCAAAUGCUUGAUGUAGCUCCCCACGUCAAAAUACUGCAGUCAAUCGAUGAUGUCUAUAUUGGCAUAUUGGCUAGUAAAAUCAAGGUACGACCACGAAAUCAUCCUGGAUUUCAC